CACACAACCGUCGUCAUUGCCGUCUCUCUCUCUCUCCCCUCCGGCGUUUUACUACCAACCGUCGCUCCUCGCCGUUGCUCUUCGCAGUCGCAACCAACCGUCGCUCCUCGCCGUUGCUCUUCGCAGUCGCUCCUCGCCAUCGCUGCUCGAUCCUCGCCGAUGCUACUCGAUCCUUUCCCCUGGUUUGCCUCUGGUUCGCCGCUUCGGCCUCUCUUUACCGCUGUUCUCUGUUUUGAAUCAGGGUUCGCCUCUUUACCAAGUCGCAGACUCACAGUAUCAGCACUUCUCUGUAGUAAUUUGAUUCUGCUAGAUUAAGAAUAUAACAUGAGCACCACAGAGCACAAAACUCCAAGGUCUCGUAGUCAGGCUUUGUUUUUCCGGGAUUUAGCCUCACCUGUUUCUGCCAGGAGACAAAAGUUUUCAAGAUCGGGCCAGGCAGCUGCAGUACCUGCUCUGUGGCGUGAGAAUUUUGGUGGUUCGGACCUUCCACCUCCUCCUGUUUUUACCUUGGAAGACAUGUCAGCUUUUUCUCCUGAAUCAGGCAUACCGGAUUACCAAAUAUCUCCGGAGUCUAAAUCCAAUAUUAGGACUCCAAUUCAAGCUUCAAAUAGAGAAUUUUCAACUCCAUUGAAAAGCAAAUCCGAGGCCAGCACAUCUUAUGUGUUAAGAGGGGUGCAACAAAACCAGCUGAGCUCUACAGGGUUGAGUUGGUGGUCACCCACAACUGCAAAGAGUGGUGGAGAACAAGAUGAAAAGGGAGGGAGUUCACCAGUUGAGGGUGUGGUUCAGCCUGGUGCUCUUAUAACUCUCCCUCCGCAGCUGGAAGUAGCAAGGCCAGAGAUUCAAAGGAAUUCGCUGCCAGUUGGGAAUUUCAAUGAGGAAGAGUGGGUAACUGUUUAUGGAUUUUCUCCAGGUGAUACUAAUUUGGUUUUAAGGGAGUUUGAAAAAUGUGGUGAAAUUUUGAAACAUGUUCCUGGUCCUAGAGAUGCUAAUUGGAUGCAUAUUUUAUAUCAGAAUCGUUCUUAUGCACAGAAAGCCCUUAACAAGAAUGGAAUGCAGCUCAAUGGAGUCCUAAUAGUUGGUGUGAAACCCUUGGAUCCCAUGCAACGUCAAGCAUUGGGUGAACGGCUUAACCAUCAGAAUGACAACUCAACUUCCCGUCAAACUGGAGGAGCCAUUGUUUCUCCAACAAAAUUAAUGGCGUGCAGGAUGAUGGAUUGGCUAUUUGGAGUCUCUGCUAGAGAUUCAGAAUCAAGUACGCUGAAAGCUCACUCUCAACCCUACCAUCUGCAAAAUGACAACUCAACUUCUCAUCAAACUGGAGGAGCCAUUGUUUCUCCAACAAAAUUAAUGGCGAACAGGAUGAUGGAUUGGCUAUUUGGAGUCUAGAUGAGCUAUAAUGGUGGAUCAGAUUAUAUCAUUCUGUUUUGUUUUAAGUGAUGAGUGACUGUUUCAGCUAUUCAAAUGCUGUUAAAAAGUUUGGCAUGCCUUCUGGAUUUGAGUUGGAAUGUUUAUACUUUGAAUGCUAGUGGUUGGAUUUUAUUUCUUCAUAAUGUUUCAUUCUCAUUGGAUAACUAUAUGCCAGAGUCUUUGUAGCUGUGUUUUUGGAACAUGAUAUAUAUUAACUACAGGUUCAUCAAUGGUUCUGUGAA